CCGGGCGAUGUUGUGCGCUGCACCACCGUCUCUUUUUCGGGGAGGUGGUGACGUCAUCACCUGGUCAUGCUGCAGACUUCGAUUUGUUCAAAACAGUUAUUUUUACAACAUUUCUUGUGCGUUGCCUGUUUCUGAAGGCCUCGUGCUUGUGGGACGAUGGGUAUUCUGGAGAAGAUAGCCGAGAUUGAGCGAGAAAUCGCUCGAACUCAGAAAAAUAAAGCAACCGAGUACCAUCUUGGUUUGCUAAAAGCCAAGCUCGCCAAGUACAGAGCCCAGCUUCUGGAGCCUUCGAAAUCAGCCGGAGCCAAAGGUGAAGGCUUUGAUGUUAUGAAAUCGGGUGAUGCCAGGGUUGCGCUUAUUGGAUUUCCAUCAGUUGGCAAGUCUACCUUUCUGAGCUUAAUGACCUCAACAGAAAGUGAAGCAGCUUCAUAUGAGUUCACUACACUGACCUGCAUCCCAGGUGUUGUUGAGUAUAAAGGUGCCAACAUACAGCUGUUGGAUUUGCCCGGAAUCAUUGAAGGAGCAGCUCAAGGAAAGGGAAGAGGCAGACAGGUCAUAGCUGUAGCCAGAACUGCAGAUGUUGUUAUCAUGAUGCUGGAUGCAACCAAAGGUGACGUGCAAAGGGAACUUCUGGAAAAAGAGCUUGAAUCUGUUGGGAUCAGACUCAACCGGUCCAAACCCAAUAUUUACUUUAAGCCUAAGAAAGGUGGUGGUCUGUCCUUCAAUUCGACAGUUCCUCUGACACAUUGCUCUGAGAAGCUUGUGCAGCUCAUUCUUCAUGAGUAUAAAAUCUUCAAUGCUGAGGUUUUGUUUAGAGAAGACUGUACAUCAGACGAAUUUAUUGACGUCAUUGUGGGCAACAGAGUGUACAUGCCUUGUUUAUAUGUGUACAACAAAGUGGAUCAGAUUUCGAUAGAAGAAGUAGACCGUCUCGCCCGUCAGGCCAACAGUGUGGUGAUCAGCUGUGGCAUGAAACUGAAUCUAGACUACCUCCUGGAGCAGCUGUGGGAAUAUCUGGCUCUGAUCUGUCUCUACACUAAGAAGAGAGGAGAACGGCCAGAUUUUGGUGACCCAAUCAUCAUGAGAAGAGGUGCAUCAGUAGAACAUGUGUGCCACAGAAUCCACAGAACAUUAGCCAGCCAGUUCAAGUAUGCACUUGUCUGGGGAACGAGCACGAAGUACAGCCCGCAGCGAGUAGGACUGACACACAUUAUGGAACAUGAGGAUGUAAUUCAGAUUGUGAAGAAAUAAUCUCAUGUCUUCAAUCACAGAGUCAUUGUACAAUUACAAAAGAUUACAUUUUUACCCUAUUCAUGACUGCUUCAUGCAUUUACUUUACCCAGAUGACAUUAAAAAGAGCCUUUAUUGAGCGUUUUUGUUAAAAAAAAAAAAAAAACAAGGAUGGAUUGCAAAUGUAGAGCCCAUAUAAAACAAAGCAGAAGUGUUUUAUGAUUUUAUCUUCAGUAUUAUGAUCAGGAUAUUGUAAUUAUAUAAACCAGUACUCCUAUUGAAUAAAAAAAAAUGUCAGAUUGAAAGCAAUAAAAACGAAUGACUUGAAAGGUUCA